AUGAGAGUUAAUGCCUCAACUUCUCGAGCCAAUGAAAGCUCUCCAGAAAGAGAGAUGCAAUUAACAGCUGACAGAGCGAGACGAGCUACAUCACGGGCGUCUCAAAGUUCUUCUCAACGAGAAGCUGAAACUGCUUCACAACGAGAAUUGCGGCUCACAGCAGACCGCGAACGGCAUACAUUAUCUCGCGAGUCCGAAACCUACACUGAAAGGGAAUUACGUCUCACAGCUGACCGCGAACGGCUCUUAUCUCGCGAGUCCGAAACCUUCACUGAGAGGGAAUUACGUCUCAAAGCUGAUCGCGAACGGCAUGUACUAUCCCGUGAGUCCGAAACCUAUACUGAGUGGGAAUUACGUCUCACAGCUGAUUCUGAAUCGGCAGAGGAAAGAACACAUCGGUUAAUUGAGAGUUAUGCGUGGAGAUGCGGAGGCGUCAAAGUUCUUCUAACGAGAAGCUGA